AGGUUUGCUUGCAGUCCUCAUCUUCAGCGUGUCCAUGCUCCCUCAACUUUGAACCCGCGGUGACUUUGCUCAGAGUACGUCCAUGGAAUAGUCCUACAUGUGAAGAAUAUAACUCCCCGUUCCUGCCGAGGUCGAUGUUCAUUGUUUUAUAAUAUGGCCAGGUACCUUGCUCAAAUCGUGGUCAUGGGAGCACAGGUCGUGGGGAGAGCGUUUGCGCGGGCGCUACGGCAGGAAUACGCAGCCAGCCAGGCGGCUGCUCAGGCCCGGGGAAGGUCGGGUCAGCAGUCGGCCGCCACCACCAGCAUCACGGGGAUGACCGUCCAGGAAGCCCAGCAGAUCCUCAACAUAAGCACCCUCACCCCCGAGGAGAUCCAGAAGAACUACGACGAACUCUUCAAGGCCAAUGACAAGUCUGUGGGCGGGUCCUUUUACCUGCAGUCAAAGGUUGUGCGCGCUAAGGAGCGUCUAGAGGAGGAGCUAAGCCUUCAGGAAGAAGACCAACAGAAGAAACGACAAAGGCAGCAAAACUCAGAAACAUGAACCCCCCCCCCCCCUCUCCCCAGCCUCUGUAAAUUAUAAUCCCCAAUAAAAUACUUAUUGUUUUUUCGAUC